GCGAUCAGUCUGCCACAAAGCGAGGAUAUUCUACCAUGCUAUCUUUUUUUAGACGUUUCUGAUACUAAGAGUAAAUAUAUAUAGGCUAAUAAUCGUUUAGGUUUUUAUAUAUAUAUAUAUAUAUAUAUCUAUGACAAUCGUUUAUUAUUCAAAAAGGCUGUUUAUAUACAACUGUAAGAUGUUAUAUACUGUAGGCUAUGUAGCGUAAUAACUUAGGCUAAAUGUAAUAUGCAACUCAAAAUGUUUAUUUUAGCGAAAUGCUUUUAUUCUCUACAAGGCAAUUAAGUUUUUACAGCUUUUAUGCUUAUUUAUGAAGAUGGGAAGGAUUAUAUCAUAAAAGCAUCCUCGCAGAAAUGGGAAAAUGGGAGCUGACAAUGGAGCCUGUUCAGGAGUGGGGAGAGGAGCAUGAAGAAGGGGCUGUGUUUGGGAUCACCCUGCGCAGAGAGCCGGUCCAGCAGUCGGCCGAUCCCACGGAGGCUUUUGUUCAGUACCGAACAUGUAAAGUACGCAGGUUAAAAGCGGCCACACUGGACAAGCUGGUCGAUCAUCUUCUGGACCCCUGCUGUCAGGAGCAAGACUAUGGCAGGAUACUGCUGUCCACGUAUCGCACCUUCACAAGCUCUAACAUACUCAUCGAGAUGCUCUUCCAGAGGGACAAGCUUGUUUCUGCACUUGACAGCACCAAUUACCCUAACAGCUCUUUGUGGACUGUGCUCCAGAUGUGGUUGGAGGAGUACAGUGAUGAUUUCAGGGACGCUCCCAUGCACUCGUCACUGCGUCUUAUGUGCUUACAGUUGAGAGGACAUGCCGCUCUCUUCACCCUGGCCAAGCAUUAUGAAAUUCUCCUUAAGAAAUUCCAGGGAGAAGAUGUUGUAGCUGGUGUUCCAGUUGAACAAGAAGAAUCAGCUUUGAGUAAGGAGGCGAGUGAUUUUGAGUCAGAUAACCUGAUGGAUUUCAUGAGUUUCUCCGUUUCGGAUGUUGCCGAACAGCUCACCCGAAUGGAUGCUGACUUGUUCAUGGAGGUAGUCCCUUUCCAGUGUCUAGGCUGUGUGUGGUCUCAACGGGACAAGAAAGAGAACCUCUCACCCACUAUUUGGGCCACCAUCACCCAAUUCAACGCAGUUACCAACCGGGUGAUCACGUCUCUGCUUCGAUCCUCUUCGUCUGCCACACAAAGAGCCAGAGUCAUUGAAAAAUGGGUUCGGAUUGCACAGGGCUGCAAAGAGCUGAAGAACUUCUCUUCUCUUAAGGCCAUUUUAUCUGCCCUUCAGUCCAACCCCAUCUACAGACUAAGGAAGACAUGGCCUGCUGUCAGCAGGGAGGCCCUGUCUGUCUUCGAGAACCUGUGUGAAACGUUCCCAGAUGAGAACUGUGUUUUGACCAGCCGAGAAAUCUUUGUGGAUGAUGGGAGUCAAGCUGACAUGGAUAACACCACCACAAAAACAUCCAAGAGAUUUCCUCUAACAAAACAGAUGAGCUCUGCUGGAGGGACAGUUCCAUAUCUGGGGACAUACCUUACAGUACUGACCAUGCUGGACACUGCCCUACCAGACACUGUGGAGGGUGGCCUCAUUAAUUUUGAAAAGAGAAGACGGGAAUAUGAGAUUUUAAGGCAGAUCCGUCAGCUGCAGGCCUCGUGUUCCCAGUAUGCUUUACCCCAUCAUCCUCAGAUCGCUGCAUGGCUACAGAGUCAAAAACUGCUGUCGGAUCAGGAGAGCUAUGAACUUUCCAGACAACUGGAGACUCCUCAUGACACUUCUCCAUCCAACAGUGGCUGGAGUCACCGAACUCUCACCAAAAAGCUCUCAUCGCUCUUGCCAGGGAAUGAGGGGUCCAAAAAGAACGCAGACCAGAUCAGCGUAUCCUCGUCAGGAUCUAGCAGCUCUGAAAUUGAGGAAAUAUCUACUUCUCAAUCAUCUUUUACAUCACCGUCUCUUUCCAGCUGUGGUCGGAACUCUGAAGCUUUUCCCUCAUCUUCCUCUCCUGAUUCCUCCACCAUGUCUAGUUCAUCCUCCAGCUCUCAGCAGGACCUCAACCUGAAUCCAUCUUCCUCAUCCUCCUCUUUAUCAGUGUCAGCUGACCCACACCUGGUCUCCACCCAUAAGCGCUCAGUCUCCAUGACCUCUCUGCCCUUCUACAACAGACAGGUGGAUGACUCGUGCAUCAUCAGGGUCAGUGUGGAGUUCUGCAACAAUGGCAAUAUGUACAAGAGCAUACUGUUGACCAGUCAGGAUAAGACGGCGCAGGUGAUCCAGAGAGCUCUGCAAAAACACAACCUAGAAGAUGUUAGUGAGCAGGACUUCACCCUCGUACAAGUUCUGACCCAAGGCAGAGAGUUGCAUAUUCCAGAAAAGGCCAACGUAUAUUAUGCCAUGUCUACAUCAGCCAACUACGACUUUGUUCUACGUCGAUGCUCAAAAGGCCAACGGAAACAACUCAUACGCUCUGUUUCACUGUCAUCAGGGCGAGCCACAAAAUAACACCGGAUUCAGCUUUGAUUCUAGAGGCCUUUAAUGCAUUAAAACUGUUGAGAAGUGUAAAGACACAUUAAGAAAACAAGUCAUUUAAAGGAGAAAAAAAUACUAUUUCCUGCUCACAUUUCACCUUGGGAGUUGAUAAAGACUUUCGCAUUCGCAAGAUAUUUUACUUCCCUAAUGUUAUGCAUUUCUGGAUGAAACAGGAUACGAGAAGUUUUAAAGGAACGGUUCACCCAAAAAUGAACAUUUGCUGACUAUGUACUCACCCUCAGGCCAUUCAAGAUGUAUGUGGGUUUGUUUCUUCAUCCGAACAGAUUUAGAGAAAUUUAGCAUUGAAUCACUUGCUCACCAAUGGAUCCUCUGCAGUGAAUGGGUGCCGUCAGAAUGAGCAUCCAAACAGCUGAUAAAAACAUCACAAUAUUCCACAAGUAAUCCACACCACUCCAAUCCAUAAAUGUUUGUGAAGUGAAACACUGUGUUUUUGUAAUAAAGAAAUCCAUCAAGGUGUUUUAAUUUUAACUGUUGCUUUUUUUAUCCAUAAUAUUGCAUUGAAAAAUUCGUCUCGUCUGAAUCAGUAGAGAAAUAAGCACAGAUUAACAAGAAAACAGUGUAGCACAUGUCUAAACAAGUAUGUCAGUGGAUUUUGAAUUGAGAGGACAAAAGGAGAAGGACUUUUUCACUAGAGGAAGCGUUAUUACGGAUUAUGGACAAAUUUGAAAGUUAAAAUGGCUCGAUGAUGGAUUUGUUUCUUACAAACACGCAGCUUUUCACUUCACAAGAUGUUAACUGAUGGACUGGAGUGGUGUGGAUUACUGUUUAUUGUGAUGUUUUUAUCGGCUGUUUGGACUCUCAUUCUGACGGCACCCAUUCACUGCAGAGGAUCCACUGGUGAGCAAGUGACGUCAUUCUAAAUUUUUCCAAAUCUCUUCCAAUGAUGAAACAAACUUAUCUACAUCUUAGAUGACCUAAGGAAACAUUUCAGAAUUUUUUGGGUGAUGUAUUACUUUAAGCGUGCAUUUAAUUGGAUUGUAAAAGGUCAAAAUAUCAGGCUUUGUUGAUAUUAUUACAUUUUGAUAAACAGUUUGUUUCUUUGGAAUAACAUGCACUAAUGAAUCAUGCAUGAUAAGAUUAGGAACAUGAAGUAAAUAAAUAGCAUCAGUGAUGUUGACGGUAGGGCUCUGCAGUGGAAAGGCAAAUAUCACGGGUUCAGUUUCAUGAACUCAUAACCCAGGUGCUUGAAAUUGUUUUAAGUGACAAGAGACAGAUAACAAAGACUGCACCUUCUUGAAUUCCUUACAUUCAGUGCAGUGAUAAUGGGAUUAAAGCAGUUUCUCAGUGACCUUCAUCUCUCAUUCUCUGACUGUCAUAAAUGAGACAGUCUAACCACAUAUACAUUGUGUGACGCUUUGAAUAGAAACACAAUCAUACACCUAGAGGCCUGGGAUGAGUCUUUUAUAAAGGUCAGUGUCUAUACAGACUGCCUGUGGAUAACUUAUGAUCAGUUCACAGUGUUCCUGAUUACAGCAUGAUGAUGGUGUGUGCCAGAAGACGGGCCGCUCCAACAGGUGAAGUGGCAUUCCAGAGACACGCUUUCACAUCCACUGUCAUGUGUGAUUUCAUUUACAUGUCAUUUGAAGAAUCCAUUCAAGAAUCCAAGUGUGGCAACAUUACUGAACAUUCAGUGGAUAUUUUUAUACCAUGUCUUAUAUUGUCCUUUAUCAGCGUCAAAUUCAAGCAACUUGACUCUCCACAAUCAGUCUGUGCUUUUAUGGAUUUAUACAAGCUCUUGCAGAGUAAAAUUAAGGAGAUAAAUUAUAUUAUCACUCAAAAACAUUAAUGUAGAUAUUUUAGUAAUACAAUAUUUAUUUUUUAUGUUGUAAAUUUUAGAUAUAAUGCAAUGUAUAAUAUGAGAUGGUAGCUCUUUAAUAAUUUGCAUUGAUCUUUUAUUUUUAUUUUAUUUUGUUUUUUUUUCUUCAUUAUUUUUUUAUUAUUUUACUUUGUGUUUAUUUAAUUUUAUUUUACACUUUUUUCAUUUUGCUUUAUUUUUUAAUUAUUUUAUAUAUUCUAUUUUUAUUUAGUUUAAUUUAAUUUUGUUUUUAUUUUAUUUUUUAUGUUUUAUUUUUUAUUUUAUAUUUUACUAUUUUAUUUUGUUUAAUUAUCUUAUAUUUUGCUUAUUUAUUUUAUUUUAUUUUCCACUGAGUGUAUUUCUGAACCCUGCAACAUUUCACUGAUGGAUUUGUGUAUUUGUGUCUGAAAAACAUUGUGUUAAUUUCUUUUGAUAUUCUGCAUAUCUCAGUGUAAAGCACAGAAAUGAAAUGGUUGCCCAUUCACAUACUGCAAUAAGCACAAUCUAUAUUCUGAACUGAGAUGAAAGAUGGUUAUGCACAAAUUUAUGUGGAUUUGCUAUGAUGCAUCCAAAGUCACACUUGCACAGUGUGGUAGGCGCCUAAACCUUAAAGCCUCUGUUCAGUUUUGUAUCCAGUUUUGCGUUUUGAAGACCUAGCCACAUUGAUGUGUUUAGGAUGGCAUGAAGAUAUCAGUGAUUUCAGCAGAUCACAUGUGGAGAAAUCAAUAAAGAAAAGCUGAGCUAAAGAUUCAUGAAAAGGCAUUUGAUUCUGAUUCUGGAGAUAUGGCACAAGCUUUAGCCUAAGAUUAACUAAUGCACAAUACUGAGCCAAAAGCAAAGGCUUUGUGUGUCUGGGUUUCCUAGACACUGUUUCUGAAUAAGGCCUGUGGACUUAAAAUG